AUGGUUUCUCCAUAUUCCAAUCAACCAGUUGACUGCCUGCAGCCAGUUGUCCCGUCCAAGGCAGGCGGUAAGACCGUUGUCUUGACUGGGGGAAGCAGUGGCCUGGGUCUCGCCUACGUGGAGGCAUUAACCCGUGCAGGGGCUUUUGUUGUAAACGGUGAUUUAAAUCCGCCUUCACAGACUGCAAUGUCUGACAGGACGGUGUUUGUAAAAUGUGAUGUCUCGAGCUGGGAUGACCAGGUCAAUUUGUUUCGAGUUGCAAAGGAAAAGGCGCCUAAUGGAAGAAUUGACGCCGUUAUUGCCAAUGCCGGAAUCUACGGGCCUGACAUACUUGAAGGAUUAUCGGAGGAACAACCCACGAAGCCCAACACUUCAAUGCUGAACGUAAACUUAAUAGGAGUGAUGUACACUACUCGGCUUGCUGCGUGGCACUUCGAUCGGCAAAACUCCAUCGACCCAUGCGUCAUCCUGUCUCUUACCAGCUCGGCCAGGUUUAUUGCAACCCCGAUCCUCCGGGAAGCGUUUGUAGAGUCAACGCGUCGCCAGUUUGAGGCCCAGGGCGUCGACUUUGCCCUUACCGACGAUGCAGUCACGGCUGUUUUCAAGCUGAUCACGGAUGAGUCUAUCAAUGGUAAAAUAGGACCGUCUCCCAUCUAG